CAUCUGAGCUAUUAAGAAGCCAAAGCUAUCCCCACCACACUACAGCUUAAAAGCUAUCAAAACCAUUGAAAAGCCUGAGAUAAUAACAAUGGAAGCUAUAGAGCACAGAGUCAUCCAUGUCAACGGCAUAAACAUGCAUGUGGCCGAGAUGGGUCCAAUCAACGGUCCAGUAAUUCUCUUCAUUCAUGGAUUUCCCGAGUUAUGGUACUCUUGGCGCCACCAGAUUGUAGCUAUGGCCUCUCUGGGCUACCGUGCGGUGGCGCCGGACAUGAGAGGCUAUGGCGACACCGAUGCGCCAGCGGAUCCGCGGAGCUACACGGUGAUGCACAUAGUGGGUGAUCUUAUCGGGCUGAUUGAUGACGUGGCUGGUGAGCAGGCACAGGUUUUUGUAGUGGGUCAUGAUUGGGGUGCUUAUAUUGCUUGGUUUUUGUGUUUGUUUAGACCGGACCGGGUCAAGGCUUUGGUCAACCUUACCGUACCUUUUAUUCCAAGAAAUCCUCGAACCAAAAUUGUUGAAAUGAUGAGAGAUGUGUAUGGGGAUGAUUACUACAUUUGCAGAUUUCAGGCACUAGGAGAGGCAGAAGCUGAAUUUGCAGAAUUUGGUACUGAAAGAGUUAUUAAGGAAUUUCUAACAAUAUUGGAUCAUCCAGGUCCUCUUUUCUUACCUAAAGGUAAACCUUUCAGCCGUUCGCCGGAAAAUCCACUUGUCUUGCCGUUUUGGUUGUCGGAGGAAGAUGUCAAAUACUACACGAACAAAUUUGAAAAGAAAGGCUUCAUUGGAGGACUCAACUAUUAUCGGAAUCUAGACGUAAACUGGGAGCUGACUGCACCGUGGACGGCAGCUCAAGUAAAAGUGGCCACCAAAUUUAUAGUCGGCGAUCGAGACCUGACCUAUAAUUCACUAGGAAACAAGGAUUAUAUAGAAAAGGGUGGGUUCAAAAAAGAUGUUCCAAAUUUAAAGGAGGUGGUGGUUAUGGAAGGAGUAGCCCAUUUCCUCAAUCAAGAGAGACCAGAAGAGAUCAACAAACACAUUGCAGAUUUUUUUCAGAACUUUUAAUUUGUAUUUGGUUAUGUGAGUAAUUUUUUAUUUUCUCCUGUGAUCUUAGUUUAAUUAAAUAUUUGAAUCAAAUCAAUCAUUGUAUGUUCAAACUUUUACUAUGAAUUGUUAUUUCAAGUCUUGGAAA